AUGCCUCCAAGCCUGAUCAAGCCGAAUAAAAUUAUAUGUCAACCUUUCGUAUCUAAGGAAGCAGUCGAAAAGUUCCUAGAGGAUACUAUACGAAAAAGAGCUGAAAAGAAAGAAGCCGCCAUAAAGGCUGCACAACUGUUGGAAACUCUUCGACGGAUACAACGUCGCCGUGCCGCUAUGCGGCGAACUGAACUUCUCCGAGAUUCGACUGUGGAAAAAGCAGCCUUGCGUUCUUAUAUCGAUAAUGAGUAUCAGAAAGCUGCAUUGGAAUAUAUACAUGCAACUUUGCAUGGCCGCCUGGGCGAUAAGCAGCCUGAUGGUGCCGGAAACGUUGUCGACACAUUGUUGCGAGAAAGCGACGAUAUAGAUGAAGUAUUUUACAAUUUCGAUUAUCUGAGUGAGCGUGAUCAAGAUGCUGGCAAUCUAUGGUACUAUUUUCAUGAUAAAACGUGGAACAAAACACAUUUCCCGAAGUCUUUGGAUUACGUAGAUAUUAUGAAUGGAUAUUUUAACACUGCUUCGAAAUUGAUCAAGAACCAUGCAGAUUUGGCGUUGACGAUGCGGCUGUUUAGGCAUCUCCGUGGGGAUCCAUGGAAUCCUAAGCAAAAUUUGUUGCUACAUGGUGCAUUAAGUAACGAUUUGCGCUCAGCAGUCUUGCAAGAUGUGCCCCUGUUCAUUGCUCCGAAUGGUGAUGACUCUUUGGAUGAAGAGUUUGCUAGAAAUGUUGCUUUUGGUAACGGCUUAUUCGGAUUCAGAGCAGCGUCUGUUGUGAAUGCUUUUAUGGCACAAAUUCGAGUUGAUUUUGCUAAUGGAAUAGAACUGGUUCCUCCUGGAGACAGUGCUGAAAAUGCUAUAGGCACCCAGCUUGUUCCCGCUUAUAAGUACAUUGAGUUACAACUUCUGGAGGAGCGAUCGUAUAUUUCGGAGGAUAUGCGCAAAAAUAUUGAAAAUGAUAUGACGAGAAUGCUCGAUCGACUAAUUGUCGCGUACGAAUUAUCUCAAAUUAGAACAUGGACAUUGAACAUCCUUCCUGCUCACACUGGCAUUUCGCGUGGAUAUUGGUGCUGGAAAGCGUGCUAA